CUAAACUAGAUGCCAACAUUGUACGCGAUGCAUUUACUUGGAACUGUCUCCGGGGCUUUUCUGUUCACUAUACUCUUCAGUGCAGUGGAAGGCAACCGUAAUUGCUAUAAUAUCUGGGGUAACGUCUGCAACUACGAGUCGUACCCACGGAUAAAGGACGACCAAAAUCGGCUCCUUGCGUGCAGUUAUUAUUGCCAACCUGACAGCUGGAAUACGUGCUGGAUCAACGAAGAUAAAUUAUCUCCAUGUGUGAGAUUUGCCACGUCCUACCCGGGAAGAUGCCACAAUGGUGUUUGUAUCACUAAACUAAGCACAUACAAUGAGCUCAAAAGGAAAUCGUUCAAUACAGCUAGGGUGUGCGAAAGGGGAUACGACUACCUAAGCGACAACGAAGGAAUAUACGGUUGCAAGUAUUACUGCUCUGACCGCACACGUGCUAUAGUGAAUGAGCCUGACGGGAAUAAAUGUCAGGACCCUGUCAGAGCUCGGUCAGGAGUAUGUCGUGGAGGCUACUGCCAGCCCUACUAAAUCCCGCCGCCAUUCGCAGAUGUCGUUUGACUGGACAUAUAAUACAAGAAUAAAUAAUUACCACAAACUAA